AUGUACUCACUGCAGUAUUAUAUAGACUCUUGGAUCGAAGUUUCCUCUCAGCCAUCCUCCUCGUCGCUGUCUUCAGUAGCAACUGCCGAUGACAUAAUCACUACCGGCCUCCGCGUCCAGCCUGACGGGUAUCACCGCCGAAACCGCCGACGACGUCUGCAACGCCUAGCAGCCGUUACCGCAGCGCAGGUCGAGUAUUCGUCCCAUGAGCCCAGCAGCAGUCAGGAUGAAUAUGAAGAAAGUGAAAGUGAAUCCGACCGCGUUCUGUCGAGUUCAAAUGAAGAUAUUGCUCGUCCACCUCGCAUCGGACCCUCCUUGCCUCGUGCUGAACAUGCGGUUCCUUCAAGUGACGAAGAUGAUAGUUCAACAGCGCUCGGUAUGCGUAUAAGCUCGUCUCCAUUCGUGCCUCAACCCAACGUCUUCUCGCAUCCCCCAGUCUCUGGAGAACCAUCCUGGACUGGACCUACCGAUACCCGCCGGUCACGGCCUAUCAGCGACGUAUCGGCCUCAAGCGGACGGACAGCCAUACGAAGAAACUCUCAAGCCAGCGUUCGCUCGUCCCAGCGGGCUUCAAGCCAACAGCACGGUCCUUACAACAUUAUUUCGCCGUCCUAUCACGCAGAUCAUGAUGCCGCGCUCCGUGCGAGCCUUUCGACUUUGCUUUCUUGUGCAGCUGCAGCACGAGGACUUCCAAAGUCUGAGUCGCAACCUGCGCCAAUCGGGACUUCGAGAACACAGCCAGCAUCAUUCCGGUUGGUGUCAGAAGCUGUGGCUAUGGACGAAGAAGCCAACGAAGAAGACGCAUCAUCAGACAUGGAAAUGCCCACUUCGCCGCGUUCACAACGGCCUAAGCAGUUGCCCCAAUACUCGCCGCGGGAGUCUUCUUCUACUCGGGCAAAGCGGCGGACAAGCACUUCGAAGGACCGCGGGUCCGGUCAGUCUGCCACCAAAAAGAGCCGACGCUCAGGAGCUACAGAGUCGUCGUCCGCAGUGAUGACGUGGGUUAUAAGUGCAGGCGUUGUUGUGCUAUUCUCCGCGAUCAGUUUCUCUGCUGGAUAUGUGCUUGGUCGGGAAGUUGGGAGAUUGGAGGCAAGCACUGGUAUGGGAUCCGUUCUGGGAGAUGCCGGCGUGCCGGGCAGCAGAGUAUCAGCAACUUGUGGCCAGGAGGCGGUCCGAGGCGGGUUGAAGCGUUUUCGAUGGAGUCCUGGGUCAACUGUGUCCGGAGUAGUUGCUUGA